AUCAACAAGGCGGACCACGCGCAGUCGAGUCAUUUGUCUCACGAAGAACCCGCUCCCUGUUUGUGACACAUCAGUCAGUGAGAUGGAGAUGGAGGAUAGCAGUGAUGACACGCUGCACACACCCCUUCCCCAGAAGGAACGACACGUGUGCAAAGACUGUGGGAAAGCUUUUAGUCGAAACACAACACUCGUGAAUCACGGUAGAAUUCACACUGGCGAAAAACCUUUUGAAUGUCCCAAGUGUGCAAAGUGUUUUACCUUUAAAGAAACACUUUUCGUCCACAUGAAGUCCCACUCUGAAGAGAAACCUUGCAUUUGCACGUUCUGUGGGAAAGGAUUCCAUACUCAGCAGACAUUAAAAAGUCACCAAUUAACGCACAAUGGGGAAAAAGUUCAUAAGUGCACACAGUGUGAAAGUACAUUUUUGAGAUUUAAUUCUUUGAAACUCCACUUGCGGCUUCACUCGGGAGACAAGCCUUAUCCUUGCAAAGAGUGCGGCAAGUCGUUUGCUCAGAAACCUCACCUGAACACUCACAUGAAAAGUCACACCGGGGAGAAACCGUAUCAUUGUACGUAUUGUGGGAAGAAGUUCUCCCAGUCGAGCCAUCUGAGAGUCCAUGUCAGGAUUCACACAGGAGAGAGGCCUUACAGCUGCUCGAUGUGCGAUAAGACUUUCAUCACAUCAGGCCAUUGGAAAUGUCACAUGAGAGUUCAUACUGGGGAAAAGCCACACCCUUGCUUAGACUGUGGAAUGAGCUUUUCAACAUCUACCGAGCUGAAGUCUCACAAGCAGCGAAAACACAGUGGAAAUAAAAAGCCAUAUAACUGCACUGUGUGUGGAAUGAAUUUCGCCCUCCUUCCGGACCUUAACGGUCACACACAGCGAAAACACAAGGGAGAAAAGGUUCACGCGUGUGACAUUUGCGGACAAGCUUUUGUGACACCUAGCUAUCUUAAACAUCACAAGCUGCGAAAUCACACUGUGGAAAAACCUCAUCGCUGCAACGCCUGUGAAAAAUCCUUCGCCUCAUCGGGUGAACUGAAGAGGCAUACAGAGAGGAAACACUCCGGAGUAAAGUCUUAUACUUGCAGCACAUGUGGAAGUUGUUUCAGCACGUCUAGUGAUCUCAAAAUACAUACAAAGAGAAAACACCUCACAGAGAAACCAUUUGUCUGUGCAGUAUGUGGUAAAAGCUUUCCCAUAUCUCAGUAUCUGAAGAGUCACAUGAAAGUUCACACUGGGGAGAAACUGUAUCAUUGUACGCAUUGUGGGAAGAAGUUCUCCCAGUCGUGCCGUUUGAGAGUCCAUGUCAGGAUUCACACGGGAGAGAGACCUUACAGCUGCUCCAAGUGUGAUAAGGCCUUUAUGACAUCAUCCCAUUUGAAGUGUCACAUGAGGGUUCACACUGGCGAUCCUAAAGAACAUACAAAGAGCAAACACUCAGCAUCUCAGUAUCUGAAGCACCAUUCAAGGCAACAUACACAGCAACAACAAACCAGAGCUGGUGUCCUUGCAUGUCACAAGAAGCAAAGCCCUUCUGCCUCCGCUGCUCCUCCUGUCUCCCAGGCCGUGUCCUCCCCUCGUCCCCCAGGCCUCAGUGCUCUACAGCCACCACUGAAGCCAGCCAGCGUACGACUGGUGGACUGCAGACACCUGCUUGGAGUGGGAAACGCAUACAAGGUCAAGGUUAAGGAUUCUGCCAGUGUGGACCUGCUGCCUCUGACGUGCAGUGGAAAGAGGGGAGGAGGAGGACUGCUGCAUCUACCAGGCCAGUCAGCGUACGACUUGUAG